CGCUACGUAAGCAACGUCACCGUGACCCGGAUGUACUUUAGUUCAACUUUAUAUCCCACAAUUCCUUUCUCCUUCGUCCUCUUUCCCUACAGCAGCCAUGUCUAAGAGAGGACGUGGUGGUUCUUCUGGAGCCAAGUUCCGCAUCUCACUGGGUCUCCCAGUGGGAGCGGUCAUCAACUGCGCUGACAACACAGGUGCUAAGAACCUGUACAUCAUCUCAGUGAAGGGCAUCAAGGGUCGUCUGAACCGUCUGCCUGCUGCAGGAGUGGGUGACAUGGUCAUGGCCACAGUGAAGAAAGGAAAGCCAGAGCUCAGGAAGAAGGUGCAUCCUGCGGUGGUGAUACGGCAGCGGAAGUCGUAUCGGCGAAAAGAUGGCGUGUUUCUCUACUUUGAAGACAAUGCAGGCGUCAUAGUAAACAACAAAGGAGAAAUGAAGGGUUCAGCCAUCACAGGCCCGGUGGCAAAAGAGUGUGCUGACCUCUGGCCCAGGAUCGCCUCCAAUGCUGGCAGCAUAGCCUGAGCUGACCCUGCCCUGUUUGUUUUCAAUAAAAGCUGUUGGUAAUCCA